AUGCCGAGAACGGAAAAAGUCUCAGCUACUAAUCUUAAAAACCUUGCAUAUACUAUCCUAAAAAACUUCAAUGACGAUACAGUUAAAAAUAAGAAAUUCACCGAGUUACCUAACUGUGUAGAAUGCGAUAAGAAAAUUUUUGCCAGCCCCAAUAAAGCAUUCACAGUCCUACUUUGUGGCCACACGUAUCAUAGAAUCUGCAUUGAGAAAAAGCUUCUACUUACCAAGCAACAAACAUGUCCAUUCCCCGACUGCGGUAAAAGUGUUGAAAUUCUUGAGGAGUUUACUGAGCCCGAUUCUCAAUCCAGCACUUCGUCAAUAGUUGGGAAGAUGGGAAAGCAACUUACUAUCCAAUCUCAGGAAAUUAUUGAUGAGGAGAUGACGGAUGCGGAUAAUGGUUCGAAGGACAAAAGCGUCGGUAUAGCUGAAGGACCUCAAAAAAGACCUAUCGAAGUUAACUCUGAAGAGGCGAAUACCACUCAAGAUAAAUCUCCCAGUAAGAAGCCAAAGAAGGAAGUUAAAAACGAGGAUUCCCAGAUGCUGAAACGACUUAUCAAGGAGUUAACUACUAAUAGUCCGCAGGUAUCUGAAAUUAGUGAAGAAGCGAUGUCUAGGUCAUCUGAAGAUUUACUUUAUUUAUAUAAUAAUAUUACUAAUUCUGAAUUGCGAAAAGAGAUUGCAAGUAGAGAAGUUAUCAGGUCAUAUUUUUUGUUUGGGAAAGUGGUAUCACAACGUUUUGAGUAUUAUUAUAAAAAAUCGCAUAAUUUAUAUCAAGCUCAAAUAGAUAUUAACGAUGAGCUAAAAGAAAAACUUCCCGAUGCCUCUGAGAAUGCGCAUAACAAAAGAAAGGAAAGAGCCCAGAAAAUUUAUUUUCUUUUCAGUAGCAUAGGUAUCGAAAAAAUAGAAUUAGUAAAAUCUUUUUCGGCGGAUUCUAUCUCAAAGUUAAGUGUAGAGAAAAUCAAAUAUAUAAAGGACAAAAUCAUGAAAACUGCGCCACAAAUCAUGUGA